AGCACGGGUUUCGAUGCUUCAAACGUCUCACGUGGUGCCGACACCAUCAUUGUAAGGGUUCCCGCAGCUGCGCCGGGUGCUCCACCACUGACAGGCGCAUCGACAACAUUAAACCCUUUUUCUGUCACCAGUUCAGCAACCUCUAUCACCUGUGAGCGUCCGAUAGUUGCCGUACAGAUGACCGUGCCUCCCGGUUUGAGUCCCGCCAGCAACCCAUCUUCUGUAAGGAGUGCGGCUUUAACCUGUUCGACAUUCAGGACCAUGAUAAAGACGGUGUCUGCCGCCGCGCCCACUUCGCGCGGCGAUGUAGCGGCGUAUGCACCCUCUUGUACGAGUGUUUCCAACGGCUCUGGGCGGACAUCAUAGACUGUGAGUUCGUGUCCUGCUUUCAGGAUGUUUCUUGACAUCCCCAUACCCAUGUUGCCAACCCCGAUUAAUCCAACUUUUGCCAUAAAUUACCUCAAAGCGUCUCAUAAAUAAUAGUAUGUAGUAUUGACACAGAUUCCGCAUCCUUUCAGAGUUGUAUUUUGUAUACGAUCCCGCCGCGACUGUGCCAGUAAACGUCGGUUGAGUCUAUCACAAAUUUUCGGAAUGUCAAUGCUUUUCCCAUUUGACUAUGCAGAUGUAAUUUUUAUACGAAUUUUUCUGGUUUAUGCUAUAAUAACGUCAGUUCGACUUAAACAUUUCGUCCGUCUAAAGGUUUCAUUUUCGCCUGUCAAAGACAUAAAAGGAGAAGCCUUUUAUCGAACUCACGUUAUAAUAAGGCAUUCAUACAAGAAAAAGAAGGAGCCAAAACAAAUGGCUGAUACCAUCAAAGGUGCCGUCCUCGGAUAUGGAGCGGCAUUUAAUAUGGGCAAAGCCCACGCAAAUAUGAUGCAAAAUACAGAUGGCAUCGAAUGUGUUGCCAUCUGUGACAUCGACCCGGCGCGAACAGAAGCCGCGAAAGAGGAUUUUCCGGGUGUCCGCACCUAUAACUCGGUUGAAGAACUCAAUGCGGACGAUGGCAUCGAUCUUAUCGCGAAUGUCCUUCCGCAUAGUCUGCACUGCGGUCCUACUGUAGCAAGUCUUAAAGCAGGCAAGCACGCCAUUGUCGAGAAACCGAUGUGCGUCACAAUCGCAGAAGCCACUGAAAUGAUUACGACCGCCAAAGAGAACGACGUUAUGUUGUCCGUUCAUCACAACCGACGAUGGGAUGCCGACUUUUGGACGCUUCGCGAACUCGUUCAUUCCGGUGUUAUCGGCAAAGUCUUUAGCGUUGAGAUGUGGGGUGGCGGCUAUGGCAGACCCAAUCCAGAUUGGUGGCGCAGUGUCAAGGCGAUCUCCGGUGGACAAUUCUACGAUUGGGGUGCCCACUACCUGGAUUGGCUACUCAAUAUCAUUGAGACACCGAUGAUUAACGUCACCGGCUUCUAUCAACCGAACCUCGUCUGGGACGAUAUUACCAACGAAGACCAUGUCCAAGCAAUUGUGCGGUUCGCAGGUGGAGAGGUCGUUGCGGACGGAGCGGCGGCGUAUAUCCAGAUGUCUAAUAUCGCGAAAAUUGGUGGAGAGCGGUGGAAACUGCUCGGCUCACACGGCGCGAUUACCGCCGAAGAUAGUGGAUUUAAGGUCUUAUCCGAAGUCAAGGGACAGCCCAAAGAGCAGCAGGUCGGUCACCAUCGCAGACCCGGACCUACCUACUAUCAGAAUAUCGUCGCUCAUUUAAACGAUGGCACGCCGUUGCUUGUGACACCGGAGUCGGCGCGCCGCGUUAUCGCUAUCAUGGAUUUGGCGGAAAAAUCUGCCAAGACACAUCAGGCAGAAACAGUGCCUUACGAGUUUGAAUCAUAG